CAAACAUUCAGCAAACAUGGCGGUGUCCUUGAGCGGCUCAGGCAGCGUGAGGCUCCUGGGUGCUUUAACCAGGGCCGGAUCAUUAUUCAGCUCCUCUGGAAGCAGAAGCCUCCAUGUUACUUCAGUGUGCUGCAAGAAUCGAGCUGCCCGUAUCCGAGUGGGGAAAGGAGACAAACCUUUGACCUAUGAGCAAGCACUUCACCCUCAUCACAUUGGUCAUCGCAAGGGAUGGCUGUCGCAGCAUACCAGUAACCUCAAAGGAGAAGAGGGAGCAGCUGAACGUUCUGUAGAGGAUGUGUUCGUAAGGAGGUUCAUAUUUGGGACCUUCCACGGCUGCCUGGCAAAUGAGAUUGUGAUCAAAAGACGCGGCAACUUGCUCAUCGUGUGCGCUUUAAUGCUACAGAAGCUCCCGCCGCAGAAGUUCUACUUCUUAAUUGGCUACACAGAGUCACUACUGUCGCACUUUUACAAAUGUCCCGUCAAACUAGAGAUUCAGACCCUGCAGGAGAAAGCUGUGUACAAGUACCUCUGAUGAAUCUGCUUUAAAACAAUAUAUAAAUGUAUGAUUGUGUUCCCUUCUCCAUUCCCGUUGAAUGAGUGUGGCCACCCGUUUCCUGUUUUCCCCAUUUCAAUUAAAGCUUCAAAAUGAAAGAAAA